AUGAAUUUAAAAUAUAUGUGCUGUAUGUUACGCAUGCGUGUCAACAUCGCGCAUCAAGUAACACUUGCAUAAACGUGUCCAGCAGAGAGCAAUACAGAGAGAUACUUGGAGACUACAUGGUGAAACGGCAGUAAAUGAUUAUAUGUGAAAUAAGUGUAUUAAAGUGUAGUGAUAGUACGUAAAAAAAAAUUUUGUAACAUGGAGAAUGAGAAAAAUGUUUUAAAACCGUACGCCGUGGUAUCUUUUGAGGAUGGAAUGAGUAUCAUAGCAACUUCUUGGGCAAAAUACUAUGAUAAAACUAUGAUUGAAAGUUAUUACCCAAGCAACGUAACAAAUCAAAAAAUUGUAAAAUUGCUUUUGGCAAGGACUCCAUUAGAUGAUGACAAUGCACAGCUAUUUCCAAUUUUAAAAUGCCACGAAUAUGCAGCAACUUACGAGAAAGCCUUGCAUAAAUUAGAAUUAUGCGAAAAAAUAUCAGAGGUUGAUAGCGACGAUGACGUGAAUAUGGAAAAAUUAAAGAAAACACGACACUCAAGGUGUAUUAAAGUUAAAGAAGAAGAUGAUGGUCAAGAAACUUCCAAAAAUAAACAGAAAGUUUUAGUUGCUGUUAGUAAUAGUUUGUGGCCCCAUCCCAGUGAGAAAGAUGAACAUCAACUGGAUGACGAUCCUAAAGUAAAUUUAAUUUCCGAACCGAUCGAAGAGAUUUCUUCCGAUAAAACAUCAUCGACGAAUUUAAAAAUUUCCCAAGACUUGAAGCAUAAACUGCCCGUAAUAUCAUUGGAAGAAAACACUAAGAAAGCAAAACCGAUGCCUGCAUCCACUAAAUUAUCUAAAAAGUUGCCUUUAAAUUCAGGGGAAAUAAAAUCAUCAAAUCUAUUACCUGAACCUUCAACUUCGAAAACUGAGGAGGCUGAAAAUUCUUCAAAAGAAGAUAGUUACAACACAAAAUUAAUUUUAAAAAAAUUGACAUCUAUCGACGUAAAACUGUCUUAUGUGACUGACGGGAAAAUGCCAACAUUUGAUAACAGAUUCUUUAGGGAAGGAGAAUUGAGUAUUUUUCCAAUGAAGAAUAAAGAAGAUAUGGAAGGUCUGGAAGAGAAGUUGAAAUCAGGAAGAUUUCAAAAAAUUUUGUUGGAAGCAUUACUUACAUUAGGAAAAGGGAAAUGUGUUAAAAUUACUGUUGCGACCAUGAUGGAUAAUAUUAUGACAUUCGAAACGGGCCAGUUAUAUUGUUUUAAAGGAAAACAUCAGUCGAAAAUUGCCUUUGAUGAAUUAAAAAUUUGUGCACUAAUCUCCAAAGCAGCGGUACAGGUAAUGGACACCGAUCUGAAAUCCGUUCAAACCGGAAUUAGUACCUGGUUAUACCAGUGCAAAAAUAAUGACAAACGAUUGAAAGCUAAAUUGGAAAAGCGGGCAGAAAAAGAGAAAAGAGCAGUUUUAAUUGAAUCUGGCCCUUCCAGUGAAGAAGAUUAACAAAUGAGUAGUUGAUCUUAUCACUACUUUGAUUUAAUUUGAUUUUUAAGAAACUUGGAGCCGAUGCUCCAAGCAGCAGAUCAAAAUGUUUAAAUGAGCCGUGUACGGUUAGAGCCUUCAUUAUUCCGCACGUAAUAUAAUUUUAUCACUUCAUUGUUUAAAUUAUUGUAAACGAAUGAAAUUAUACUUAAAAUUCAUUUUAAAAAAUUUUUGAAAGAUUCUAUUAUACAUUUUUCAGGAAAUAUUAGUUUAAGCCAAAAAUUGGUGUUAAAUAAUAAUUAAUUAACAUUAUGCGUUUUUCUAAAAAGUUCCCUACGAAUAAUAAUUUUUAUCGAAUUUUUACAAAAAAGUUUA